AUGGAAAACCUUCAUGGCGUUGCCGUAGUCUCGCCCUCCUGGGAGACGCUUCCAUUGCAGACUAUGCACCUGCUGCUGUUGAUGUGGACGCAGGGUUGGGCUCAACUGUAUUUUCUCUCUCCUGACAUCACCCCCUGCCCUCUCUCUCGCACUGCCCUUCUCACUUUCUCUCCUUGCAUGUGUACAGUGUGUAUGCCAAAGGUGUCGAGCAUGGGGUGUGAAGGCUGUCGUCUCUAUCCUGGCAACACGCGCAGUCGCGGCCAACGUGAGGCAGAUCGCUUUGCCCACCCUCAACCUUCCUGCGAGAAGGGAGAGCACAGUGUGUGGUGUGAUAUCAGGCUUGUGGAAGUCGGCUUCCGCCCGCUCGAGGCGACGAAUGUUCUGUUGGUAGUCACAUGCAGAAAAAUCUUCCUCCGUGUCGUGGCGACAGGGUUCGUCUUUACAAUUCACCUGGAGGACAUCGUUCAAGUGCGUCACGUCGUGCCGGCACACGCUGUAGAGCUGCACGUGGAAGUACCGUCGCUCGCAUCGUUGGACGAUCACAAACCUCCUGGGUGUGAGAGGUGGUACGUGCCAGCAACGCGCCGUCUGUACCGCAUUUAUCCUAAGCAACACGGUAGCGGCAGCAGCAGCAGCAGCAGCAGCGCGUGUGCACAACUCUUUCAAGUCCUUACCUCCCUGCUCUCGGCGCAUGCGCAACAGGCGUCUGAGGAGAGUGAUCUGGACGAUGCAAUUGCGUGGUACGAGCGGACAGACGCGUGCUCGAUGCUGCCGUAUCAUCUGUGUGAGGAGGUGGGGCUGCGCGAGCUGGAGAGCGCGUCUUACGCGUUGCCUCAUAUGGCUUUCACUGCGGGGGUGACGAGAGUGUCGGCCACCCACGCGGAGGCUCAGCAGCACCCACCAACGUGGCGACAAGCACAGUCCGCGCUCCCCCUCGCGAGUUCCUGCAGCGGUUUACUGGCGUCGGGAGGCCUCUUCGGUGAACCAGGCGUGGGCGUGCCGGGCCACUUGCGCCGAAUCUACGUGGUGCCGUCGCCGGGAUUCUGGAGACUCCCCAAGGCGUCCUCGCCAUCAGCGCCAUCCGAUCUUCUCUGGCAUGGCAGACGGGCCCCAAAUCACUUGCACUGCGAAGCCAGUUCAGAGAUGAUUGCCCGAUAUGCAUCCACAUCGGCUAUACCAAUGCAACAACAACACACCAUGGGGCAUACGCAUGAGCUGCGCGACACGCUUGUCGCUACAGGCGCUCCUGCGUCGUGCUAUCAGCUGCAGCCACAGCACGGUGCAUCGCAGCAUGAGCAACCUACGCCGAGCUCUUCUCACGUGGACGUCGGCAUGAACAACCGAGAAUCGUCGCUGAUGGUAGGGAUGUGCGGCCUGCACCCCCGCGCCAUACCAGCCCCGCCACUUUCACUGUCCUCACGUGCACAAUCCUCUUCUCCGCGAGCUCGGCAGCCCGUAAGUCUCGAGUACGGCCCCACCACAUCUGGCUGA